UUUAACUCCUAACAUUUCUGCUUGUUUGAACACGAUUACACGACCUCUGAACUCAGAGAACAGGAAUAGGUUAAGGGUAAUUUAAUACCAACCAAUUACUUUCAGUGAGAAAUAAAUCCAAUCGUCUACUCUGAAAACAGAGUAGUAGCAGGAUUGAAAGUGGAAAAACAAUGAGAUCUCGGUCUCAGUUUCCGUCUCACAAGAAAUCCGCCAUUCUCCCUCUUGUUUGUGCAGCUGCAUUAUUUUCUAUUCUUAUUUUCGGAAUCCAAUCUUCUUUCUUCUCAGGUCCUAUUAACAAAAACACAGAUCUUAGUAAAGAACAAGUGCGGGUAUCGGAUCUCAAUCCCCAGGAAGUCAGGAUUCUACCCGAGUUCCAAACCAGCGUUCAACAAUGCGUGGCAAAUAGAGGACUUGGGCUCACUGCACAUAUUAUUGAUCAUUGCAAAUUGAUUCUUAAGUUUCCUGAAGGCACAAACAGCACCUGGUAUAAUGAGCAGUUUAAGAUUUAUGAACCACUGGAGUAUAGUUAUGAUAUUUGUGAUGCCAUUCUCUUGUGGGAACAGUACCGUAACAUGACAACAGUCUUGACUAGAGAAUAUCUGGAUGUCCGGCCAGACGGAUGGUUGGACUAUGCAGCAAAAAGGAUUGCACAAUUGGGAGCUGCAAAAUGCUACAAUCGAACUCUUUGUGAAGAAAAUCUUAAUAUGCUUCUACCAGCAAAACCCCCUUUCCAUUCACGACAGUUUCGCACAUGUGCAGUUGUUGGGAACUCAGGUGAUCUCUUAAAGACAACAUUUGGGGAAGAAAUUGAUAGUCAUGAUGCUGUUAUACGAGACAAUGAAGCUCCUGUCAAUGAGAAAUAUGCCAAAUAUGUUGGCCUUAAGAGGGAUUUCCGCCUUGUGGUACGGGGUGCCGCUCGUAACAUGGUUAAGAUUCUCAAGGGAUCAGAUGAUGAGAUACUUAUAAUCAAGAGUGUCACCCAUAGGGACUUUAAUGAUAUGAUAAAGAUGAUUCCAAAUCCUGUUUAUCUCUUUCAAGGAAUUGUUCUACGUAGGGGUGCCAAAGGAACUGGAAUGAAAUCUAUAGAGCUUGCACUUUCUAUGUGUGACAUUGUUGAUAUAUAUGGUUUCACCGUCGAUCCUGGCUAUACUGAAUGGACAAGGUACUUCUCGACACCAAGGAAAGGGCAUAAUCCGCUUCAAGGAAGAGCAUACUAUCAACUGCUAGAGUGCCUUGGUGUUAUUAGGAUCCAUUCUCCCAUGAGAGCCAAGAGGGAGCAGGACUGGUCAGAUGUACCUAGUAGAGAAAUGAUAAGCAGAGCUCAUGCAGCUGCUUUGCACUUAAAAAGGGGUCCAACUGCCGAGGGACAGUUUGUUAGUUGCAAGGUUUGGGGUAAUGUGGACCCAGACAAAAGUGGGUCAAAUUCAGGAUCUUCAGACAUGAGUGACGUGAGGAAACACUCAAAUUACAGCAAAUGGGAAACCAUGCCUUUUGAGAGCUUAAGAAAGGAAGCUCAAGAUCAUUAUAAGCAUAUGGAAGGUGUUUCUAUGUACAAAAUAGACGGCAACAAAUUGGAAGAUCUAGUAUGUGUGAGGCAUUCCCCAAAGGCUGAGGGCUAAGAAAUGUUACAGGUUGCUGUCCUUGUGUAUUCUUUUUGGUAGUAUGAUGGGAGAGACCAGUACUCAUCACCAACAAAUCAGCAAUGAGACGAUGACCAGCCCUUAUGGACUAGUGAUCUGUGAUUUUGACUUUGGCAAAAUGUUGUACGGUACACCAUGCUUCCAAUGUGAAAAAAGCCAUAGAAGACACUUUCCUCAGCGUGGUCAGUCACGAACUACGUUUAUCUGCUAUACUAACUUCUCUGUUUUUUCUGUUAAAUGGUGAACUCUUUGAAUAUAUCAAUAGAGGGCAGGAUGGAUAUCU